UAUACAUAUUCAAUAAUGACUCUCAAAGCUGCUAUGAAAGUAAUGAGAAAAAUAGAUAAGAAUCCGAAAAGUGUUAGUAUGAAGAAAAUGGAUCGAAAGAAAAAGAAAAAGAGGAAGGAAAGUUAUGGGAUUUAUAUCUAUAAAGUACUUAAACAAGUUCAUCCAGACACAGGUAUUUCGAGCAAAGCCAUGAACAUUAUGAAUUCUUUCGUACAAGAUAUAUUCGAGAGAAUUGCUAACGAAUCAUCUCGUUUGGCCAAAUACAACAAGCGAAGUACUAUUACAUCGAGAGAGAUACAAACCGCCGUCAGGCUUUUAUUGCCUGGAGAACUUGCUAAGCACGCAGUUAGCGAAGGUACAAAGGCAGUUACUAAAUACACAAAUACCAAAUAAACAAAAGAACAUCUCCUUUCACAAACUUAUAAUAAUCGGCCCUUUUCAGGGCCACCAA